CGGCCCCAGCCAUGGGGCUGGGCGGAUCCGAGGCUCGGCCGAGCUGAGGCGGCGGCGCCCGUCCUCUCAGCCCGCUCGCCGGCGCCUGGCCCUCACGAUGAUGAAGAAGAAGAAGUUUAAGUUUAAGGUGGACUUCGAGCUCGAGGAGCUCUCCUCGGUGCCCUUCGUCAACGGGGUCCUCUUCUGCAAGAUGCGGCUGCUGGACGGCGGCAGCUUCACCGCGGAGUCUUCCAGCUUCCCCAGUUUGCGCUCGCCCGCCCCGAGUCCCUCCGCCCUCGCGCGGGCCCCCGCUUCCGCGCUGGGUGCGCUGCUGGCGCAGCCGCUGGGGCGCCCCGGGCCCGGAGCGGCGGCGGCGACCGUUCUCCUAGCGGCGCCUCUCCCUGCAGCAGUAUCAGACGGGCGGCGGCAGCGGUACGGAAAGGGGCGCCCACUCCCCCCGGGCGAGCUGCAACGCGACCCGCUCCUCGCGGGGCGGCGGGGUCCGCGCGGCAGCCGCCGGUGCUCUCCGGCCGGGCGGCCGCGACAGGCGGCCCCGGCUCCCGUCCGGCUCGCGGCGUCCCCCGGCCGCGCCCCCCAGGCGCUGCUCGCGGCCCCAGCCAUGGGCUGGGGCGAUCCGAGGCUCGGCCGAGCUGAGGCGGCGGCGCCGUCCUCUCAGCCCGCUCGAUGCGGCUGCUGGACGGCGGCAGCUUCACAGCGAGUCUUCCAGGAUAACGCCCUCCUGCGCCCGCCCACCGGCGGGGCUUGUAGCACGGCCAGGCAUCUUUCCUUGCUUGGGCCCUUUGCUCUAUGGAGCUGCCCGCCCGGUGAGCUCAUCGUCUCCAGGGACGAGUCGAAUCAGUCAGGGCAAUCGAAAGAAACGACACCAAGUCUUCGCGGUGGCGUGGUACUGGUUGGUGGACUCGGCGCGCCUCCUGACUCCAGGUGGGAGCGGGUAACUGAGGCACAGCUGGCAUUCAUUCUGAAGAAGGAGAGUCAGGAAGAACAGCAGCCAGGGAAGCAGGAGGAAAACCAGGCAGCUGUGACAUCAGGGAGCUGUCGAGAAGAAGAUGAUGCAAGAACAGAGCGUUUUCUGUAUUUGCAGGAAUUAAAGGGCGGGAAAGCCUAUGCGAAGCUGGGCUUUGCAGAUCUAAACCUGGCAGAGUUUGCUGGGUCAGGAAAUACCACCCGUCGCUGUUUACUGGAAGGCUAUGACACCAAAAAUACAAGACAGGACAAUUCCAUCCUCAAAGUUUUGAUCAGUAUGCAGCUGAUGUCUGGUGAUCCAUGUUUUAAAACGCCGCCUUCCACGUCCACAUCAAUCCCAAUCGCUGGGGAAUCCAAGUCUCUGGAAGAGGAUAGAAAAGGCGGCGAGACCCUCAAAGUGCAUCUUGGAAUAGCAGAUCUUUCAGCAAAGAGUGCCUCUGUUCCUGAUGAACUUGGUGCCUGGGGACAUUCUAGGACAUCAAGCUAUGCCAGCCAGCAGUCCAAAGUAUCAGGAUACAGCACAUGUCAUUCCCGGUCAUCCAGUUUCUCUGAGUUCUGCCACAGAAGAAACACCUCAGUGGGAAGUACUUCAACAGGAAUUGAAAGCAUUCUGGAGCCAUGUGACGAAACUGAGCAAAUCACAGCUGAGCCAAAUCCAGACACCGCCGAUAAAGAAGAGGAAGCAGCUUCGGAGAAGCUCACCAGAUGCCCGGUGAAGCAGGAUUCUGUUGAGUCCCAGCUGAAGCGAGUCGACGACACCAGGGUGGAUGCUGACGACAUCGUGGAGACAAUCCUGCAGAGUCAGGACUUCAGCCUGGAUUCCAGUGCAGAAGAGGAAGGUCUGAGGUUAUUCGUGGGGCCUGGGGGAAGUACAACCUUUGGCAGCCACCACCUUCCAAACAGGGUAGGUUCUGGAGCCUACGAACAGGUUGUGAUCAAACGCUAGAAGUGAAGCCAGCUGACGGAAGCUUCUCUGUGUACCUGAGGUGUGGACAACAGGUGUUUCGAGGUUUUUUUUAGUCAAGCAUGUAAAAACAAAAAAA